AUGGUUGCAAAACCCCUUCGGUACCAUCAUAUAGUUACUGAUCGAAGGGCUGUUGCAGUCAUGUCCGUGGCCAUAACUUCCUCGAUUCUUCUGGCCAUUGUAGGAUUGCCUAUACCCGAGACACCUUCAGGUGACUUCAUGAUGAACAUAUGUGAAUUUAAUGUUGAUGCACUCAAAGGCAAUUUCGUCCUGAUUUUCUGCGUUUCCUUCUUGCUUAUGGCGGCGUUCACGUCAGUCCUUUCAACAGUGAGCUUGCUGGUCAUUGCCCGAAAGCAAUCAAAGGCGAUUGCACAUGGGGAAAUCACGGUGACUGCAGCGGUUAGCACGGUUAAUCAGCGCAACGACACCUCAGCUGAUGCCGGAGAGGAAAUGUCAACGACUAGGAGACAACGAAAGAGCAACAGAAGAGCACUUUUGACCAUCUUUCUCCUGAACGUUGUCGUCUUUGUUUCAUGGUUACCUCUCGCCAUCUUCUAUGUCUUGUUAGGCGUUGGUGUUAAUAUUCCUCCAGUCUUUGGAAGUGUGGUUGUGUUCCUUUCCAUGUCUGCGACGUGGUGGCAUUGCCUAGUGUACCUGAUCACAAAUAGGAUGUUCCGGGAGACAGCAAAAGAUGUCUUUAAGAAAACACUCAGAAUAUACUGCUCAACUACCACAAAAUAA